AUGAGUACCUUGGGACGGUUGAAGCAGGCCUACCUUGCUUUGAUUCCAGUUUAUCCCAUCGGCUACGUUUUGGUUCAUGGUAUUGAUCCCUAGAUACGAUUUUUACCUCGAUUUGUUAGGAUUUCGAGGCGACCAAAUCUGGGCCCGGCCUUAUGUGGACCGGAGCAGCGAGGAGCCCAGCCAACAGCUCAAAGAGCUCGUCGAGAGUGAGCUGGACAAGGUCGAUAACGUCAAGAAAGCCAAGGUUGGAGCUUCUUUUUUUCUUAAAAGAAUAAAGUUGAUCGUUCUGUUUGAAUUUUUGAACAGGAAAAAGUUUUUAUAGUGACAUCCUAGUUCAUUUGAAAGGACAUUUCCGGAAUCGCUUUCUCGAAUUUCUAGAAAAGACAGCCCCCUCAGUCCGAAUUUCUAGUGAAGAUAGCCCCCAAGUCGGAAUUUCUAGAGAGAAGAGAGCCCCCCCACAAAUUUCUAGACAGGCUCCCCACAGUGCUAAGAGAGGGACGAUUCUAGAAUGUCCAGGUGAUCGUCAAGAAUCCCCCCUCCCAUUUUGGAAUAAGCAUUGCAAGCCUUGACCGGAUCAGCCGCCCCCCGCCCCUUUUUGGAAUAAGCUUGCAAGCCUUGUCCGGAUCAGCCAACGUUAAAAAAAAAAUACAGAAAUGCUCAAUUUUGACAGACCAAUGUCGUCCUGACGGAUGAAAUCGAGCCAAAAGUCUUCGGCGGCCUUUUCCUGACCAGCGGCGCUGAACUUCAGUUUCCGCACCGAGUCUCCUUGGUCGACGUCGAGCAGGCGCGACGUCACGCCGCCAAUCUGGAGCUCGACCUUGGCCUCAGCAAGUACGGCUUCUUUUCCGGCUACUUAUAUGAGAUAUAAAGUUUGAAAUAUGGGAAUUAGUUGCUAUAGUAAAAAGAGAUGGUGGUACUGCUACGACAAGAGAAAAUUUUUCAUUUUUGGGGUUUUCACAAAUAGCAUCUCUUAUAUUUAAUUUUUUUUAAAUAGGGUUUUGAUGAAUUUUAACUGGACUGGUUUCCGUUGUUAUAAUCCAUUUCGAUCAAGUUCCAAAUCAAAUAAUUACCGAUCAAGGUCAACAGAAAGAAAAAAAGCUGACUUUUUUAGCAAAAUAAAUGAAAUCCUCGCUUCAUUUUUAUGGUUUUCCGUGCCUUUUUUUUUUGGUCUCUACUGUGUUUUUGAAGUAUAAUCGUACCCUAAAAAUGAAAUUUUUUUCAUUUUUUUAUAUUUAAAUACCUUAUCCCUACGAGGUCGAAAAAUUAGUCAAAAAUUUUUUUAAAAUCUUCAUUUUUUUAAAUGUUUUUUUCUUAAGUUUCUCCACAUCUAUUUUGCAAAUUUUAGUACUUGUGUGAGAAAUAAAACAUUUCGAUUUGAAAAGCGAUGAAAAAUUUUUCGAGUUUUCGGACAUUUAGAAACACAAUAGGAAACGAAAAACCUCAUAAAUGAUGAAAAUCGAAGGAUUCUGUUCUGCGCAAAACCAAUACAGUUCCGUUAAAAAAGAUGCCAAAAAAAAACGCUUUUUUGAUCACAAAUUUGUUGCAUGGAGUUUGAUCUUUCUGAAACCUUGUAAUGACUGUUAUUUGUGUCCCUCUGGUGGUCAGUCCCCGAAAGGAAAAAGUCGCACUUUUUAGAAAAAAAAGGGAUUUUCAGUGAUGAACUUGAGUUUAUUUGAAAGUAAUAUUGAUUGAAUUGAUACUUACACUCGUAAUACUCUUGACUUUUCCAGGUAUCGAAAAAAGGUCGAAGUGAACAGUGCCGUGGGCGAAGAACUCAUUUCCCGGCUGAUGCUUUCCGACGCCGCCAAAAUGUUCCUGGUCCAGAGACAGUUGCAAAUUGCCAAUAGGUUUAGGUCUUGAACAGCUAGAACAAUAUUAGAGGAAAAAAAAAAAUGAAAAAUGGUGGAAAUUGAACAUUUUCAACAGCUUUUUGAAUGUUUCUAUGGCUUUUUGAAAGACCGAAAAAAACGCUAUUUUUUUCUUUUUGAAAGUUGUAUUUUUUUGAUAAAAAAAUGAAUGAUUUUCAGCGGAGAGUUUUUUUCUGUAUCCCCCUUUUUCGCUUGGUUCGGCAUCAGUGCGGUUGGAUACGGCGUCUUUGUAGGUAAGUUAAAGUAGAAAAAGAUGGGAAAACUGGUUUUUUUGGGAGAUUAUAAAUAUCUUACAUAUCGAUUCGUCAAAAUGAGAUUUAUUCGAAAAAAAUCUGGAAUCAUUGAAAUAUAAAAAAACAAGAAACGUUUAAGAAAGUUUGUUAAAUAGGCCUUUUUAAAGAGCCUGUCAUUUUUUUCCUGAAAAAAAAGGUAGAGGCACCAAAAAAAUUGUUCAUAACCGUUGAUUACAUGGCCCAAAAAAAGGAAAUUUUUGUAGGUUCGUUAAAAUAUAAAAAGAUGGGAAAAAAACUGAUUUUUCGGGAGAUUAUAAAUAUCUUACAUAUCGAUCCGGCAAAAUGAGAUUAACUCGAAAAAUUCUAGAAUCAUUAAAAUAUACAAAACAAGAAACGUUGAAGAAAGGUUGCUAAAAAGGGCCUUUCAUUUUUCACAAGGUUCAAAAAAGAAUAAAAGGAAUGUUCAUAACCGUUGAUUACAUGGCCCAAAAAGGAAAUAUUCACGUGCUUUUUUCCACCUUCUCAUUUUCCCUUAUGUUUUUCGGUUUAUAAAACAUCUAUAAACGUUUUUAUCCUAUUUCUUUGUGUUUUAAUCAUUGAUAAACUACCUACAUCAUAUAGGAAGAUUCGAAACUAAAAGUUCAUCGAGAAAAAAAGUCGGAAAAAGUUUCGUCGGAAAGGUGUCCGUCGGAAAGUUUCCUAGCGAUAUGAAAAAAUCGGAAAAGUCGCCGUUUGAAUUUUCGCUGCUCUUUUUUUCAUACCACCCGUUUUUCACAUAUUUAGAACAAAUUCAUCGUUUUGGUCAAAAUUCUUGAUGAUUCUUCAAAAUAAGCCAUUAAUUUUGAAUAGACGCAAGCGAGCUUUUCUUCACGGUUAGAUGGAUAGGCUAUCCUUCAAAAACUAUAUUUCAACUUUGAUGUUCUGCCGAUUUUUCAGUGUCUGCAAUGACUAUCGGAGCAGUUCCUGCUUUUCUGGUUGCUACAACUUUUUCUGUCUUGGUAUUUCGACGGUUUCUCGGCUCCUUCGAUGACUACAAAAUGAAGAAAGCCGACGAGAUUACGAUACGAAAGUAGGGACAUUUUUUUUGUCGUGUUCAAAGUAGUUUCCGAGAAAUUUGCUUGGAAAUUAAGUCAUUUUCACUCUCUGACGUCUUUUUUGAGUUUUUUGGAACCACACGGAAUAAUUGUUUGAAAAUGAGGGCCAUAUGGAGGAAAAUUUUUAUGAAAAGGUUUUUUUUUCCAUGUUAUGACGCUCAAAAUAAUGUUAAAUUUCUAUGAUUGGGGUUUUUUUUAAACUCUGAGCGAUAAAAAAUGUAAAAGAAGAUUCCCUGCGGAAAUUUUUUUUUUUUCGAAGUUAGGAAGUGUUGAAAUGCCUUCCAGCAAAGUUUUAUCCAAGGGCAAAGUCCAAAAGAUCUUGAAAAAGACUUUCGAAAGACUUUAAAAGACCUCAAAUGCGCCUUUUUCUGUUAAGGACCUUUUAAAGAGGUGUGAAAAAAGAAGGCGGAAAAAGAAGAUUCUGAGAGACUUUUGACACCUUUUUAGGAACUCGAAAAGGAGUUUUAGGCUCUUUUUGAGGUCCUUUGAAUUUGCCUGUGAUCAAAAGUUCAAGCCAAUAAAAAAAAACAGCUAUAAAAGUUUUAUAAGUAAUAAAAAAAAACCAAUUUUCAAUAAUAUUUUCUUUUUUUGAUAUAAAACGAGAAGCUUUAUGUAGAAAUAAUACGUAGAUAACGGAAAGAAAAAAUUUGAUUACAAAAUGAUUUAAAAUUAUCGAAAAACUAUUAAGAAAAGAGGUAAAAGAUGGCUUGCAAUUGAAUUCGAACUCGGGCUAUAAAAAGCAGUUUUUCAAAAAGAUCUUUCUUUGGGUGAUUCUUCUUGGAUCAAAUAUAUACUUCAAUUUUUUUAUAUUUUGAAGGUGAAACGUAUGCCCAAAGGGGCGCGCGACUACUUUGAUGUGUUGGGAUAUGAAAAUUUUUAAAAAAAUUAGAGAUAAAAACCAAUUUUUCAACCUCAAGGAGAUAGGUGUUAACAAAAAUCAUCAAAAAUGUGUCAUUGGGUCAUUUUGAAAUGUUUUUUUAUUUUCUACGGGAAAAUAGGAAGUUGGACAGGAGAAGGCCUAAAUUUUAAAGGCCAAAACUCAUUUUCUUAGUUCUUCCUCACAUGGAGGGCAGUUCACUUUGCGGUUAGGAAUCUCCUAAAAAUUGUUAGAAACGUUCCUUGAUGUACCAGAAGAAGAUCCUGAAACUCCCAACCUGCACACCUUCCUAGUUCUGUAGAACGAACAUCCUAAAAUCGGAAAAAAAUCCUCGAAAUUCGUGAAAAUGAGCUUUUUUGAAGCUUUGAGACCUCACAAAAUAGAAAAUUGUACAUGUUAAAACUUUCAGAAACUUUUUUUGGUACUUUAAGGAGUGUUCUCGGCAGUUUUCAAGAGUUUCCCAACCGUGAAGUAAGAUGACUUUCCGAGUAAGUCAGUAAAUUGUUCAGGCCAAAAUUUAUUCCUAUCUCUAAAGGCUUUUUUUGAAUCAAUCCCCUAUUCUAUAUGGAGUUAGUUCUUCACUAUGGUACCUGUUAUCCUCUUAUUAAACCAUUUUUGAAAUGUCUUGUUAUAUUCCAGAGGUGAAACGUAUGCCCAAGGGGCUCGCGACUACUUCGACUCAUCGAUGAAGUUGAACAGACUUCUCAGGACGGUGCUCGGCGACGACGGCGAGACGAACAUCAAGAAGAACGGCGACUGCUCCCUCCACAGUCACGUCCCUUUCUCGACGCGACGGCGACUCGUCGAUAAGAUCGCCGCCGAAGUUUCAGCAACCGAAACGUCCUCCUGA